AUGGCGAGGCAUGCGCUGGUCAAGGCUCUGGCGGGCGACCUCUCUUUCGCCACCUCGUCCCCGUUCGCCAAGCUCCUGGACGGCUGCGGCCUGUCCAAGUCAGCGCGCACACGCCGCGUCCACGCUCGGAUCAUCAAGACCCCGUUCUCCGCCGAGGUUUUUAUCCAGAACCGGCUCAUCGACGUUUACGCGAGAUGCCGGUGCCUCGACGAUGCCCGCAGGGUGUUCGAUAGAAUGCCCGGAAUACCUUCGUGGAACGCGAUCUUAGGCGGGUUGAUCAGAUCGGGGUCUCUUGAUGAAGCGGAAAAGAUAUUCGAGUCAAUGCCGGAACCCGACCAGUGCUCGUGGAAUUCGAUGCUCUCAGGUUAUGCGCAGCAUGAAAGGUUCGAAGAAGCCCUGCAAUGUUUUGGUAAGAUGCAUAGGGAGAAUUAUGUGCUUAAUGAGUACUCAUUUGGUAGUGUGCUUAGCGCAUGUGCCGGGUUAGCAGAUAUGCAUCUGGCCCAACGGAUUCAGGCUUUGAUAUCGAAGUCGAGUGCUCGGCUGUGUGGGAACGUGGCUUGUGCACAGAGGGCUUUUGAUGAAAUGAGUUCUCGAAACAUAGUUUCUUGGAACAGCUUGAUUACGUGUUAUGAACAAAAUGGUCCAGCCAGUGAAGCUCUUGAGGUUUUUGUGAGCAUGAUGGAUUGUGGGUUUGAAAUAGAUGAAGUUACUUUGGCCAGUGUGGUCAGCGCCUGCGCUAGCUUGUCAGCACUUAAGGAAGGGAUGCAAAUUCAUGCCUGUGUUGUAAAAUGUGACAAAUAUAGGAAUGAUGUUGUUUUAGGAAAUGCGUUGGUUGAUAUGUAUUCUAAGUGCUCCAGAAUUAGUAAAGCCAGAGCAGUUUUUGAUAGAAUGCCUACCAGGAAUAUAGUGUCAGCCACCUCCAUGGUCAGCGGGAAUGCAAAAGCAGCCAGUCUCAAAACUGCAAGAGUAAUGUUCACGAGGAUGAUGGAGAAGAAUGUAGUUUCUUGGAAUGCCCUCAUCGCAGGGUACACCCAGAAUGGAGAGAAUGAAGAAGCAUUUGGUCUAUUCCGCCUUUUGAAGAGGGAAGCCAUUGAGCCGACGCACUACACAUUCGGAAAUUUGCUUAAUGCGUGUGCAAAUCUUGCCGAUUUGCAGUUGGGGCAGCAGGCUCACGCUCAUGUCUUGAAGCAUGGAUUCCGCUUCCAAUCUGGAGAAGAAUCGGAUAUUUUUGUUGGAAAUUCUCUUAUAGACAUGUACGUUAAAUGUGGAGCUGUGGAAGAUGGUUUAUGGGUGUUUAAGAAUAUGUUGGAGAGGGACAAGGUAUCAUGGAAUGCCAUAAUUGUCGGAUAUGCGCAGAAUGGUUACGGAAUAGAGGCACUUGAAAUAUUCAGGAAAAUGUUGGUAUCUGGUGAGAGACCAGACCGUGUCACUAUGAUCGGGGUUCUAUGUGCAUGCAGCCAUGCAGGGCUGGUCGAAGAGGGGCGCCAUUAUUUCAAGCAGAUGGUUGAGGAGUAUGAUCUGGCACCAGCAAAGGACCAUUAUACCUGCAUGGUUGAUUUGCUCGGCCGAGCCGGUUGUCUCAGUGAAGCCAAGGACUUAAUAGAGACAAUGCCCAUGCAAGCUGAUGCUGUCGUUUGGGGUUCACUGCUCGCAGCCUGCAAAGUUCAUAAGGAUAUAACGCUAGGAAAGUAUGUAGCGGAGAAGCUCUUAGAGAUCGACCCUUCGAAUUCAGGACCUUACGUUCUGCUCUCAAACAUGUAUGCAGAACGUAAAAAAUGGGGUGAAGUUAUCAGAAUAAGGAAGCUGAUGAGGCAACGGGGAGUAGUCAAGCAGCCCGGUUGUAGCUGGAUAGAAAUUCAGGGUCAAGUUCAUGUCUUCAUUGUCAAGGACAAGAGGCACACUCAAAAGGGUGAUAUUUAUUCUUUGUUAAGAUCUCUCUUAGGACAGAUGAAGCGAGAUGGGUAUGUUGCCAUUACGGAUGACUACGAGGUCUAUGAAGAGCUGAGUGAAUCGGACUUUAUAUCUUACGAAAUUGAAAUGCCGGCUGAUGCUGCUGUUUGUUAGUUCAUGGAGAGUCAUCAUCCUUCAAUUUCUCUUCAUCGUUCAUACCAUAGUAACAUUUGAUAAAAUGCGUGUGAGCAGAAAGAGCUCUCUUUUCCCUGUCUAAUGCGCACUGUUGUUUGGCUUCAUUGGCACUGUUGGGUUGUUGCUGACACGAUGCAAACACAAGUCUAUUUGGACAUAGGAAGCUGCAUGAGUACCACGAACUAACCGCCGUGGUCGGUGUUAUACAAACUAACCAAGAGGAGAUCAAAGGUUCGGAGAGAGCAGACACUUUAUUUCCAUGGACGGGUCAAUAGAAAGCGACGUCUAACUGAAGAAACAGCGGAGCGGAAGAAUUCACCAGCUCGAAAUAGAAGAAGAAUUCACCAGCUACUGAAACCGGCAUUUGAGACAUGCCGUAAAAGACACUUGCCCCGAGGGCAGGCAAUCAUCCUCCCCCUUGAGAUGUAAAGCUGCAAACCUUGGUGCAAGCUAUAUGGAGAAGCGUUGUGGGUGUCAGUGCUAGGUAAUUUGGACAAAUCAUCAGAGCCUGUUCUUUUAAAUGAAUAAGCCAGGGAAUUUUGAUUUAAGUAAGGAAAGCAAGUGAAAGGACAAGAUCGACGCCAGCUCUAGGAAUGACCAGCCAGCGAGAAUAAUGACGAUCUCUAAAUGAACUCAAAUUAGAAGGUUCUGCUUUUUACGUAAUUUUCCUUUCACAAACCAACUCAUCUUAAAUAAAUAGGAUCGAUUGAACUUU